CGGGGCUCCGGACCGGGCCGCCCGCCGUCGCCGCCGCCGCCGCCACCUCCCCCGAGCCUGCGGGCGGCGCCGAGGCCGAGGAGCGCUCGCUGCAGCGCAUGCUGCGGGCCAUAGCGGAGGAGCGCGGCCGCCUCAGCCUGCGCCGGGAGGUCUGCGGCCUCGGGUGCUUCAAGGACGACCGCAUCGUCUUCUGGACGUGGAUGUUCUCUACCUACUUCAUGGAGAAGUGGGCGCCGCGACAGGACGACAUGCUCUUCUAUGUGCGCCGGAAGCUGGCGUACCUGGGUGGCGAGGGCAGCGUGGACGGGAGGAAGCUGGCCGAGGCCGAGCCCGAGGUGGACGUGGAGGUGUACCGGCGCGACUCCAAGAAGCUGCCCGGCCUCGGCGACCCUGACAUUGACUGGGAGGAGAGCGUCUGCCUGAAUCUCAUCCUGCAGAAGCUGGACUACAUGGUGACAUGUGCUGUGUGCACGCGCGCCGAUGGGGGGGACAUCCACAUCCAUAAGAAGAAAUCCCAGCAAGUGUUUGCGUCCCCCAGUAAACACCCCAUGGACAGCAAGGGGGAGGAAUCCAAGAUCAGCUACCCCAACAUCUUCUUCAUGAUCGACAGCUUCGAGGAGGUGUUCAGCGACAUGACAGUGGGCGAAGGAGAGAUGGUCUGUGUGGAGCUGGUGGCCAGUGACAAAACCAACAUGUUCCAGGGGGUCAUCUUUCAGGGCUCCAUCCGCUACGAGGCCCUCAAGAAGGUGUAUGACAACCGGGUGAGUGUGGCCGCCCGCGUGGCGCAGAGGGUGUCCUUCGGCUUCUACAAGUACAACAAUAUGGAGUUCGUGCGCAUGAAGGGGCCCCAGGGCAAGGGCCAUGCGGAGAUGGCAGUCAGCCGCGUGUCCACCGGCGACACCUCCCCCUGCGGGACGGAAGAGGACUCCAGCCCGGCCUCACCCAUGCAUGAGCGGGUGACCUCCUUCAGCACGCCCCCCACCCCGGAGCGGAACAACCGGCCCGCCUUCUUCUCCCCGUCCCUCAAGAGGAAGGUGCCCCGGAACCGGAUCGCCGAGAUGAAGAAGUCUCACUCGGCCAACGACAGUGAGGAGUUCUUCCGGGAGGACGGCGGUGGGGCGGAUCUGCACAAUGCCACCAACCUGCGGUCUCGGUCCCUGUCUGGCACUGGGCGGUCCCUGGUCGGGUCCUGGCUGAAGCUGAACCGAGCUGAUGGAAAUUUCCUUCUCUAUGCACACUUGACCUACGUCACUUUGCCGUUGCAUCGGAUUCUAACAGACAUCCUGGAGGUACGGCAGAAGCCCAUCCUGAUGACCUAGCCGUGUGCAGAGCCUGUGCGGAGCCCCCCCGCCUGCGCGGCCCCGGAGCGCUGCCAAGUGCCUACUGUCCACCGCCCCCCGGGUCCCCGCGACAGCCCAGCGCGGAGCCGAGCCGGAGCCAGGCGGGGCCGCUCGACUCCGGGGCCCGGGGCCACCUCCAUGAACACCAGCCCAAAGUGAAGUGCCUCUUUCUCCUCCCUGCUGGCUCUGCUCUCGCCCCUGUCCCCCCCCACCCCCGCCGCCACCCCCGCCGCCACCCCCCCAGCCCCUCUCUGGAGAGCUCUCUGCACCCGGCGGGGACCAGAGACGCCAGGGGGCUGUGAGGGAGACGAGCAGCCGGCGUCCGUGGCGCGUCCAGACCUGCGGCUGCGACGUUCACGUGCGGACACACAGCCGGCAGGUGGAGAGUCCCCUCCACCCCGGCCGGGGGCGCUUAGCGGGUCGGGCCAUCAGCGCUUCCCCACGGAGAACCGGCUGCAGACCCUGUCACGCCGUGCCAGUGGUGAACCCGGCAUCGGAGUCAGUCCCUACCCGCCCGCCCCCUUUGUUCACCGCUUGGUUCUAAGUGGGUCACUGCAGGGCUAGAAACGGGGCACACGGCUGUUGAGGGUUUUGCCCUGGGCUGGGAAUACCUCACCCCACGCCUGGUUCCAGAAAGGCCUCGAGCUGAGCAGACAGGCCCCGGUCCUGCCAGAAUGGCCUUUUGCUUCCAGCCAAAGAGCAUCACCAACACACACACCUCCACCUUGGAGACCUCCCGCUCUGCGCCUCGGCUGGUGUGACCCGCAGAAUUUGGACUCUGAGGGCAGGUGGGACAGCUGGGUCGUCAGACAGAGAAGGGUGCUUGGGGGAGGGGGGUGGAGCUGGCCUUCUCCCAGGAAGGUUCUGGCGGGGGUGGGGGGGUGGGAAGGGGAUAGGGUGUUUCCUGGAGCUCGUUUACUUUGAUUGAGUGUGCUGGUCCCAUUUCUCAGACCAGCCCACUGAGGCAAAGCCGAACGGGCCUCCGCGCGGCUGGUCUGGGGGGGUUGGUGUCAGCAACCUGGCUCCGGCUGGAGGGGUUUCCACCCGGAAUGACGCGCUGUGCUCCCCUCCAAGCCACGAGCCUUCUCCGGAGCGGAAGCGUUUGCCCUGCCCCGUGGGAAUAAACUGUGAGCCGGGUCCGGUGCCAUGUUGUCUUGUUUGAAGUCCCCAGGAAUACGCGAGCUUUUCCGGUUGUGCACAGAGACCCUCUCUGCGAGGAGACAAGGCUGGCAGGGGCUUGCCCCCACCUGUCCUCUCUGCGCCCGCUCCAGGGGUUUGCGCUGGGCUCCGGGAACAGGGGCUACGUCGGGGCUUUCUCUAGAUUUUGUAUGCUGUUAUUAAAAGCAAGCUAUUGCAUUUCA